CCCUCCCUCCCUCCCUCUAUAAAUAUACAAAUAAAUCCAAUCAAAUCCCCAAACUUGUCAUAAAACCCAACUUUCAUUUUCACUUUCAAUUUGAUAUCAAAUUUCUCCAAAAUCCUCAGCUCUAUGGCUCUGGCUAUGGUCGACUACGAGUUCCAAGAAUCGGAGGUCAUCUUCUCCGACAAUCAAGAAUUCGAAAGCUGCUUGGAUUUCCGGCCUCAUCUUCACCACCACAGCAAGUCCAAUUUCACCAAGAAGAAGAAGGCAAUGGGGAAUAAUAUUAGUAAUGAUAAUAGCAAGUCGGUGCCGGUGAAAAUCCCAAACAACGCGUUCGACCGGUUCGGCAGCGCCGACGACGAAAGCGACGGCUAUAAUUACAGGGAGGAGGAAUGGGACGAGGGAGAAAUGGUGCCGCCGCAUGUGAUAGUACGGCGUCGUAUUGCGGGGAAGAUGGAGUUCUCGGUGUGCACGGGGAACGGGCGGACGCUUAAAGGAAGGGAUUUGAGUCAAGUCCGGAAUUCGAUUCUCAGAAUGACCGGCUUCUUGGAAGUUUAAUAAAUAAAUUAAUUAAAUUGUAAUUUCGAAUUAGAAAUAUUCGUUUCUUUAAUUAUUUUUCAUUAGAUGAGAAAAAUAGGGGGGGAAGCAAAUUACAAAGGUUCUCCCCUGUCAAAUGUCAAUUACUGUGAAUUUGUUGGGUUCUUUUUUAAAUUUAAAAGAUCAUUGUUGAUUCUGAAAAACAAUUGAAAAUUCUUGUGGAGCUUCAAUAUUUUGAUUUUUAAUUUAUUGCGGGCAGCUUAAGGUUUUUGUUAGCUAACAGCAGCUUGACAUUGCAAGUUGGGCAGGAAGUGUUGUGGGUUUUGUUCAUGUAUGGAGAUAUGGUGGUGUGCAGAAGGGUGAGCAGUGCACCGCCCCUUCUACACUCUGUCUGUCCGAGUGUGGAGGUUUGUCUGGUAUUGGCAGACCUCAACAUCACCAGCCUGGUUUCGGUGAGAAUUUAAGAGAGAGAGACAGACAGGUAUUUGGUAGCGGUCAUGAAAAUAUAUGUUGUCACUUUUGUUUC